AUGGCGGCCUCCAAGCCUAGAAUUCUUGUUGUUCUUACAUCAACCGACAAGGUGCCGACGAACGGAAAGCCCAUCGGCUGGUAUUUGUCCGAGCUCGCUCACCCUUUCCACGUCCUCCACGGCAAAGCAGACUUCACCUUCGCCUCCCCAAUGGGCGGAGAGGCACCACUUGAUCAAGUCUCGGUCGAAAUGUCCAUGGAAGAUCCCGUCUGCAAGGACUUCCAUGAUAACCACUCGUCCACCUGGAGGGAGACACGGAGACUCUCCGAAGUGGCAGACCGUACCUCCGAAUUCGACGCCGUCUUCUAUCCGGGUGGCCACGGCCCCAUGUUCGACCUCAUCUCGAAUCCCGACUCCCUUCGUAUCCUCCGCGACCUUCACGCCGAGGACAAGGUCAUCGCGGCCGUCUGCCACGGGCCCGCGGCUUUGGUCAACGCCAAGACUGCCGACGGCGAAUAUAUAAUUCAGGGGCGCGAGGUCACGGGAUUCGAUGACGUUGGUGAAGAGAUGUUUGGUUUCGAUGAGGACGUGGGCUUUUCGCUAGAGGGCUUGUUGAACGAGAGAAGCGGCGGCAAGUAUUCCAAGGCUGAUGACGGUCCACUUGGGAAGAAGGUGAUCGUGGACGGCAAGCUUAUCACAGGGCAGAACCCAGCUUCAGCUUAUGAUGUCGGUCUUGAGCUGGCCAAGGCAUUAGGUGUUUAA